GACAAUAAACUGCAAAGCUGUGCCUGGCGUCGGCGAACAAAGCCUGACUGCACAAUCACGUUUAACCCUAAAGCUCCUUCCACAUUCUCGAUCCACCAAGGAGCGCGCUCUUCUCCGCCCACUCCCCGCCCCGACAACCGGUCGCAAGAAUACGACCCCUAUACAGCGGACUCUACUGACACCGCGCCCUCCACCCGACUACAACGUCAGCGCAGAGACACCGGAGAGCGCGUCAAAUAACGGUCCGGAAAGUGGAGGUGGAGGCAAGAAAAGGGGGCAAACUCGCGGUCACACCGUCUUCCGCUUUCGUCAUUUCCGGGUGCGACCGCUGCUUCUGUCCGGCUGGGCGCUGGACGCCUUGGGUCCCCUCUUACGGCAUCUGACCGUCUGCACAACUGCCCCUUCCCUGUUCCCAGCGGGAAGGACAUGAGUGUUCCUGGGCCUACGUCCCCGGACGGGGUCCUGGCAGGGCCACCCCACGGCCUGGGGGCCAGGGAGCCGACGCCAGGUUUAAGUGAUGCUUCUCCAGAUGAAGGGUUACUGGAGGACCUGACUGUAGAGGACAAAGCUGUGGAGCAGCUGGCAGAAGGACUGCUUUCUCACUACCUGCCAGAUCUGCAGAGAUCAAAACAAGCUCUUCAGGAACUCACACAGAACCAAGUUGUAUUACUAGAUACACUGGAACAAGAGAUUUCAAAAUUUAAAGAAUGUCAUUCUAUGCUGGAUAUUAAUGCUUUGUUCACUGAAGCUAAACACUAUCAUGCCAAGUUGGUGAAUAUAAGAAAAGAGAUGUUGAUGCUUCAUGAAAAGACAUCGAAGUUAAAAAAAAGAGCACUUAAACUACAGCAGAAGAGGCAGAAAGAAGAGCUGGAAAGGGAGCAGCAACGUGAGAAGGAAUUUGAGAGAGAAAAGCAGUUAACUGCCAGACCAGCUAAGAGGACGAAGAAGAAGAAAAAGCAGAAUUGGAAGAGCAAGAAGCUGAGGGCAGUCACUUCACUUCAAGUCAUGAUCUCUGCCAGUUCCCUGACUGAGUCCAUUUUGAGAUCUGGAUCCCACUGACAAGAGGCGGCUGGAGGAAGGGCCCUGCAACACUCUGGCACGUAUAGACUGCAGUAAUCCCCCCGGUCCUUCCUCAAAGGACCCCAUGGCCACUUACUUGGGUGACUGUACACUAGGACUGUUGGACAGAAGGUUCUGAGUUGACACUGUUCCAGAGAGACCCAAAGGAGCAUCAUGGCCUCCUUGGAACGGGGGCCUAUGAGGACAAGGUGAAAAAGGAGGUCGUGCAUAAAGUCCAGUUUACGACGGGUCUGCUGGAGCCACAGCUCUGUACAGUGGCCAUACUGCAUCUUUUCCUGCCACUGACCCAUCGAGCACCAUGGGGGGGGGGCAGCCGGCAGGGCUGACGGCACUGGCUUGAACCUUUUGCAACACCCUUUCCUGCUUCAGCUCUGCUUGAAGCUGGCAGCCUUCUGUGUCACCCAGUGGGCCAGAAAAUAUCCCCAGGGUGGGAUGUGUUGCCUUUAGAACACAAAGAGGUCUGCAAGGUGCUUCCUUCUUUGUGACAGGAUGGUACGAUGCAGCAGUUUGUCUGUUAUUUUGGAUGGGGAUAUCCUGGAAUACCCCCUGAUGCUAGAACUCUAAAAAAGUCACAGAAAUGGCCUAUUCCUGACUCUUCAUAGAGUUUUCUCCCAUCCUCUGAAGUGCAUGCAUUUUAUCGAGGCCUGCAGCACCCAGCCCCUCUGCUCCUCCUGUCUAGUCACUGGAUGUCAUCAAUAAAAUGGGUCAUGGAUAUCCGAGAGCCCCAGCUCUCUCAGACCGUAUUACAGCAGGAGGUGGGAGAGUUAACCCUGAAGCAAACUGUCAAUUGAAUGUCUGUUUUCCCUGCCCACAGUCUCAGCCAACACUUUGCUCUGGAGGCAUAAGCGUCUCAUCCACAGGUAUGGAAUCCCAUUUAGCAGAGUGUCCAACCAGGGGAUGUCCUUCAAGUGGAGGAGAGGUAGGAGUGGAUCACAACCAUGAGAUCCUCAGGUUCCGUCUUGUACCGCACCACGCAGAGGUAGCUGGUCUGGCAGACCGCUGGAAUGGCCUUCUGCACUCACCCAGGCGCUCCGGCUCUGAGAGAGCACCCUGAAACGGUGGAGCCUGUCCUCCAGGACAUGGUGUGUGUAUUUAUUAAAUCCGAGCCCUCUAUACGGUGCUGUGUUCUCAGUAAGAUGGAUACAGGGCUCUGAAAACCAAGGGCUGGAAGCAGGAAUGGCCUAACUUACCAUCAUUCUUAAUGACCCCCAGGGAAUUUGUGCUUCCUUUCCUUGCAACCCUGGGCUCUGCAUGGUUGAGGGGCCUGGUCCCCAAAGGGAACGCCCUCGCCAGAGGCACAGCGAAGGCCCCAUUGAAUGAGAAGUUAUGGCUGCCGACAAGGCACUUUGGAGUUUUGUGUCAGGGACGGCAGGCAAGAGGGGAGUUGCCACACUAGCGGGAGUAACUGAAGCUUAUCACCAGGAGUGGGGUGGGGGGCUGCUUUUACACUGUGGGGGCCAGGAGGAGUAUGUGUGGGACUCCGGUGAUUCAUGUGGGCACCUCCGCUACUCCCCGUCCCAUUGUAACUGUGACUAGAACACAUGCAGCCACCCAGCCUGAGAAGGGAGGCAAUGACUAUCAAGUGUUCAAACCCUGCAGGAAUAAAGCUUGGGUCACACCACUGGGUACGUCCCAAGACCUGCCAAGGUGAGAGCAGAGGCUGAAAGGAGUUUAGAAUGGAUGUUGGAGAAGGGAGAAGGUGAGUAUUCACUGUGGCCUUGGGAUCAACUGUGAUGAUCUUGGGGGACUGUCAUUCCUCCAGUAAAUUCCCUCUUCUCAGUUGCUCCUCAGGAGGGAGGCCAGGAGGCUCACGGAGGAGCUGCUUUCUGCACCUCUGUGCAGAAGGAGAUCUGUGUGCACAGGAGGUGGGCUGUGGGGGCCGGGAGUCCACGCCUCACAGCUCUCCCAACAAUAGGAACACAACCGAGCAAAGGCCUCAGCUGCUUCACUCUGAAUUCCACCGCCCCAUUUUUGCCAGAGUGUGCUUCCUAUGGGCUGCUCCUAGCCAAUGCCUGAGCUCAGCAGGGAGACUAAGGCAAGCCCAGGGCCCCUUGUUCAAAUUUUAUUAAGAAUUUCAAGAUGGCGACAGCAGAGCAUUAAACCAGGUGUGGGCCCUGUGCGACUACAGGUUGCAAUCUCAUUAAGCUGGCUCUGCCUGGGAGAUCAUAGGUCUCCCCUAAUAGCUGACUUUGGCCUGAUGGGUUUGCUGAACCUUCUGUAGACUACACAGCCGUCUAGAAAGCUUCCAUUCAACCGUUCUUCCCUCUCUUUUUUUAGGGUCAGACUUGCAUCGUACUCUGAUGGUUAUCUCAACUUUCUCCAUUUCCCUCCUUUUCUCUCCCAAGAGUUUCCCAAUAAAAUCCUUGCAUGUUGAA